UUAGUAGUUGAUACAUUCUGUGUGUGUGUCAUAGGCACAGGCACGAAGAACCGCUAUGUGGACGUGUUGAACCCCAGCAGAGGGGGUGGAGGUGGUGUUGCACCUGCUCCUAUGCCUGCACCUGCUGACCUGUUCGCUCCACUGGCCCCCAUGCCCAUCCUCUUCACCCCCAAUGCAGCAGAAGAGCAACAGCCAGCAGAGGGGAACACAGCUGAAGGUGUAAACCAGAGUCAGCCUCAGAUGUUUAAUCCCACUCUACUGCCUCAGUGUCCAGAGGGAACUCAGUCUGGAGAGCUGUCCAGAUCUAGUUCAAUGAGUUCUUUAUCACGCGAAGUGAGUCAUCACUUAAAUCAGGCCCCACCGACUGGAGGCGUAACCUUCUAUAACCCCGCCCAAUUUGCACAGGCGGCUCCGGUGCCCAUGCGUGUUGGACGGCUGGGCGGACAGAGAGAGUACCCCACGCUCAAGUGACCGCUGCUGUUCCUCUCAAGGGCUUCACAACGCUGCAAAAUCAUUCAUUGAUUCAUUGGUUCAUUUUAAACCUUAAUCAUCAUGCCUUCCCCUCCCCAAUGCUCAUCUCCUGCUCAUCUGUGUCUGCUUUGAUUUCUCUGUCUGGAGCCAUGAAUGUGUGUGUGUGUGUGUGUGUGUAUAGAGAGAGCCUGCUAGUCGGGGUUUUGUUAUGUGCAAUAAUGAUCACUAGUAGACUGCAUUCUGAUUUUUUAUUUUUUCCCCCUGUUAAGUCUGCCCAUUUCAGGUGUGAGUGUGUGUUAGGUGUGAGGUGGGUCAAGACCGCAAUGGCUACUCUCUGCUCCUGCUGUGCUAGCAGUGUUGGGAGAAUUAAUUUGUUUUUACAUAUUUAUAAACCUUUUUUUGUCUGUGGGGGAAAGCCUUGCCAUGAUUUUCUCAUCCAAUCCGAACAGUCACCAAGACCUCCAUCUCAUCCAUUAGAUUGUCUUAUCUUCCCAUGAACUUUCUAUAAUCAUUCUCUAAUCACCUCAUUCAUUUUUUUUUCUUUCAUGUUUGGUGUCUCAGAACCCCUUGCAUCCCUGUAUUUCAGUAGAGAUGGAUUGAGAUUUUCCAUAAACCCAAAGUAUCGCUGUGUUUGAAGGAACAGGAGAUCAACUUUCUUAGAUGUUUAGAAUUGACUGUAAAAUUAUUGACAAAUGUAAAAGAAAGUGAUAAUAAAGAUAUUUUUGCUCUUUAGUACUUUGAAAAA